CUACCGGCUGCAGCAUGGCUAGACACUACAUUUGACACAGUUUUCUAUCGUUAUUACUUCUAUGUUUGGAUUUUAUACAGUUUAUCUAUGCUAAUACAACUAUGGUCCUUUGUAUAUCUAUGACUAUGGUAGUAUGCAACGUAACAGCUUGUCUAUGGUAACAGUGCAGCGUAUAUUAAUGUGUUAAAACCGUGAAAUUAAUCUAUGUUGUGGAACAUUGAAUUAUGAUUGAAAGUGAUUUACAAAAAACACAGAUUAAAAGAGUGGAAAGAGUACCGUUGUUCAAUGAUAUGCUGGCACUGUGUUAAUUUUGUAUAUCUAUGCUUCAUAUUAUGUAUAUUUCAGUUGUCAGCGAAGGGGCAUCUUGAGUGUAAUUAUAGUAGUUUGUUUUUAAAUUAUAAGUAAACAGUUAUGACCAUGCAUACACUACUAUUACAACGACGACAUUUUUAUUACUAUGCUAUAAAUAAUGGUUAAAUAGUAUAGUUUUGAUGCAUAGUUUAGCUGAAGCACAAAGUUUUCGAAUAUUUGAAAUUUGGAUGGUUAACGUAAUUUGCUAUAAUGGCAACUCAAAAACCAGGAGAGUGGGCCAGUUCUCUAAUAGCACGUUUUGAAGAACAGCUUCCUUGUCGUAUUGGAUCUCAAACUACACAUUCACGUAUUAAUGAAGAAGAAAAUAAAAAUUGUAUUAUUCAAAUAUCUCGUUAUCGCUUUUCAUUAGUUCUCGAUGGUUUUGUGAAAGUAUUAAAACAUAUUAAUGAUCUAGGAACCUUGGGAACACAGAGACAGCAUCAUGAAACAGAAAAAAAUUAUUAUGAUAGUGUUAUAAUUGUUUUAGAGACUUUAGAAAAGUGUUUUAGCAUUCAACCGAGAGAUUCAAUCAACUUAACAAUGGAAGAAAAUCAAAACUUGAAAUCUCUUCUGAAGGAAAUAUGCACAUUUCUAGAUAUGCCUCAAGAAAAUCCAAAUAAUCAUGCAAUUAAGCUAUUAGCAAGUAAAGUUCUCUUUGCUUUGAGUGUAAAUUUCUUCAAUGUUGUCUUCAGUCGUAUUUCAUCAAAAUUACAAGAACUUGCAUCUUGUCCAGAAGAAAAUUCUGAUUAUAGUGAUAUAGAAUUAAUACAGCAUAUUAAUGUAGAUAUUUUUAGAUUAACUAAGUUGUUAACAGAAAGUAUACAGAAGUUUCGACUUCUUAAAAAAUCGGCUCACCUAGUGUUGAUGAAUUCAUUGGAAAAAGUUAUAUGGAACUGGAUGGACACUUACCCCUAUGAGUUUGCUGAAUUACAUAAAAAUCCUAAUGAUGAACUGUCAAAAUGUUGUGAGCAGCUUUUCGAUAUACUGGAUGCAUUUGCUGAUAACAAAAAAGGAAGGGCAGCUGUUUGGCCACUUCAAAUUAUGUUGUUAAUAUUGUCUCCCACAGUACUCGAAGAAAUUGUGCAUGCAGAUAGUGGAACACCGUGUUCUCCUCGUCAUUCUAAGAAGAAACAAUUUAUAGAUACUUUGAAGCGUUCGCUUUGUGUUCAUAGUAACUCCAGUAAAUCAGCCGAAGUUGCUGCAGUUUCCUGCGUUAAAUUAAGCAAAGCAUCUACGUAUAUUAAUAUUGUUGAUUCUAAUAAUAUUGUUUUUUCCCUUGUACAAAGUGUCGUUAACGAUCUGAAGACUUUACUUUUCAAUCCAAGUAAGCAGUUUUCCAGAGGACAAAAUUAUCUUUAUCAAGAUAUGGAUCUCAUGAUUGACUGUUUUGUGUCAUGUUUUCGGAUAAAACCUCAUAAUAACGAGGCUUUAAAAAUAUGUCUUAAUUUGACCUUACCUUCAACUUACCAUUUCGUCUUGGUGAGGUCUUUAUAUAGAAUUGUUACACAACCGCGACUUCCUUGGUGGCCACAAAUAGAUCUUGUUUACAAUAAAUCUUCAGAACUUCGGGCAUUGUUUACAGAUACCCUUAAUAAAGUAGCUCAAGGUUACAGUGCUCAUACACCUCUCCGAAUGAUUCAGUCGCUUACACUUAAAGGAAAGGAUUCUCAAAUUAAGUUUAAAGACCGAGCAGAAGAAAUUCCUGGUAUUCGAAAUCUCUUGCUUUAUAUGGUGCGACUGAUACAUGCCGAUCCGAUGCUUAUGCUGAACAAUCAAGGUAAAGCAGGCCAUGAAAUCCAAAGUUCUACAUUGGAGUUAAUUAAUGGCUUAGUUUCAUUAGUUCAUCAAUCUAAUAUGCCCGAUAUUGCACAAGAAGCUAUGGAAGCUUUACUUGUUCUUCAUCAUCCUGAGAAAAUUGAAGUUUGGAAUCCUGAAGCUCCUAUCAAUACCUUUUGGGAUGUCAGUUCCCAGGUCUUAUUUUCUAUAUCUCAAAAAUUGAUACAGCAUCAAAUCAUAAAUUACACAGACAUUUUAAAGUGGCUACGCGAAAUUCUUGUAUGCCGAAAUGCCUUUCUAUCAAAGCAUAAAGAGUAUGCAAAUUUAGGCAGUCAAAUUGCUAUCUGCAAACAGGCGCAUAUUAAAUUGGAAGUGGUUUUCUUUAUGUACCUCUGGAGUAUAGACAUGGAUGCAGUCUUAACUGCAAUGAGUUGUUUUGCACUGUUAUGUCAAGAGGCAGAAAUAAGAUGUGGAUCUGAUGAUGUUACUGUUACAUAUUUAGUGCCUAAUUGUCAUGUUUAUCAGGAAUUAGCUCAAGCGUCAACCGUAUUAACUUCUGCUAGCGGGGAAUCCCGAAUGUGCUUUCCUGAACAUGUUAAUGGGAGAGCGGCCCUCCAAAAAAAAAUUAUGGCAUUACUAAGAACUAUUGAGCAUUGUGUAAAUGGCGUUCAACCAGCUUGGGAAGAAACUUUUAUGUAUUGGAACUCAGUUUGUAAAAACUUAGCCUCAUAUCCAAAAGCUAAAGUUGAAGAUGGGCAAAUGGAACCAUUUCAUCGGUCAAUGGGCAAAAGAAGAGCAUCACAUCAAAAUUCUGAACAUGAACUAGAAGAUCAAAUAAACGAAUGGGCUAAUAUGACGGGGUUUCUAUGUUCGCUGGGCGGAGUAUGUCUUCAAAGAAAGUCACCAUCUAGACCUCAUUUAUCUCUUUCUUCGUAUUCAAGUUCUUGCAUGACACUUAGUUCAGUGUGUUCAAGUUUGCCUACGGAUAGUCGGAAGUGUAGUGUACUAGCGAGUGGCGCUCAAGAACAAAGACAGUAUUGUCCAGUAACACAAUUUGUAGACCUGUUGUUAAGACUUCUAGUCUGUAACAACGAAAAAUUUGGAGCUCAAAUACAAAAACAUGUCAAAGAACUGGUAGGGCAUGAAAUGUCUCCAGCUUUAUAUCCUAUUCUUUUUGAUCAAAUUAAAACAAUAGUAGAUAAGUUUUUUGACCAGCAAGGGCAAGUAGUAGUAACAGAUGUUAAUACACAGUUUAUCGAACACAUCGUUUUCAUAAUGAGAAAUAUCCUAGACGGAACUAAAAAUGAGCAACCUUCAGAACAUUUGGGUGUGACAAGUAUUGAAGGAUUAAUGCUUGGAGUAGUCCGGUAUGUUCGUCAUUUGGACAUGACUGUUCAUGCUAUACAUAUUAAGACAAAGUUAUGUCAGUUAGUUGAGGCAAUGAUGAAAAGAAGGGACGAUUUAGCUUUCAGACAAGAAAUGAAGUUUCGAAACAAACUGGUUGAAUAUCUUACUGAUUGGGUUAUGGGAGCAUCCCAUCAGAUUGCACCACCUGGUUCAGGAGAUGCUUCUUGCAUUACAAGAGAUUUAGAUCAGGCUUGUAUGGAAGCUGUGGCCUCAUUAUUGAGAGGGCUGCCGUUACAACCAGAAGAAUCUGAUAGGGGUGAUCUUAUGGAAGCUAAAAGUCAAUUGUUUUUGAAAUAUUUUACUUUAUUUAUGAAUCUUCUUAAUGACUGUACUGACGCUGCUGAUGUAGAAAAAGAUAUCCAAAGACAGCGCAUUAGUGCCAAUAAAUUAAAUACACUGAGAAAUGCAACAAUUCAAGCUAUGUCGAAUUUGCUGUCAGCGAAUAUUGAUAGUGGAUUAAUGCAUUCUAUUGAUUUGGGAUAUAAUAGAGAUUUACAAACAAGAGCUGCAUUUAUGGAAGUUCUGACAAAGAUACUUCAACAAGGAACAGAGUUUGAUACCCUAGCUGAGACGGUUUUAGCUGAUAGAUUUGAGCAGCUGGUCCAGUUAGUAACAAUGAUAAGUGAUAAAGGAGAGUUGCCGAUUGCCAUGGCAUUGGCCAAUGUUGUUACUACUUCUCAAAUGGAUGAGUUAGCCAGAGUAUUUGUUACACUUUUUGAUGCUAAACACUUGCUAUCUCCCUUAUUAUGGAAUAUGUUUUACCGAGAGGUAGAAGUCUCUGAUUGUAUGCAAACACUUUUUCGUGGCAAUUCACUGGGUAGCAAAAUAAUGUCAUUUUGUUUUAAAAUUUAUGGAGCCAGUUAUUUACAGUCUUUGCUCGAACCUCUUAUCCGACCACUUCUAGAUGAACCUACAUGUAGUUUUGAAGUAGACCCUGCACGAUUAGAUUCAAAUGAGGAUAUAGAAGAGAAUAGGAAAAAUCUAAUAGCCUUAACUCAAAAGGUUUUCGAUGCUAUUAUUAACUCUGCUGAAAGGUUUCCUCCACAAUUGAGAUCUAUGUGUCAUUGUCUUUAUCAAGUUUUAAGUAAAAGAUUUCCUCAGUUUCCUCAAAAUAACAUUGGUGCUGUAGGAACCGUUAUAUUUUUGAGGUUUAUUAAUCCUGCCAUUGUUUCCCCUCAAGAGAUGGGAAUUGUUAAUAAACAAGUGCCACUUCCUAUUAAAAGGGGUCUUAUGCUAAUGUCAAAAAUUUUACAAAAUAUCGCAAACCAUGUUGAAUUCAGCAAAGAACAGCAUAUGCUGCCUUUUAAUGAUUUUCUUAGAAUUCAUUUUGAAAUAGGUAGAAGAUUUUUUAUACAAAUUGCAUCGGACUGUGAAACUGUUGAUCACACUUCACAUUCAAUGUCAUUUAUAAGUGAUGCCAACGUUUUGGCCCUUCACAGAUUACUGUGGAACCAUCAAGAACGUAUAGGAGAUUAUUUAUCUAGUAGUCGAGAUCAUAAAGCUGUUGGCCGGAGGCCAUUUGAUAAAAUGGCCACUUUGUUAGCAUAUUUAGGCCCACCUGAACAUAAACCUGUCGAUUCUCACAUUCUUUUUUCGUCAUACGCAAGAUGGAGCUCUAUUGAUAUGUCUUCUACAAAUUUUGAAGAGAUAAUGGUAAAACAUAAUAUGCACGAAAAGGAGGAAUUUAAGUCCAUUAAAUCACUUAAUAUUUUUUAUCAAGCUGGUACUAGUCGAGCAGGCCAUCCCAUAUUUUAUUAUAUAGCAAGGCGAUAUAAAAUAGGGGAAACGAAUGGCGAUUUACUAAUAUAUCAUGUAAUUUUAACGUUAAAGCCUUUCUGCCAUUCUCCUUUUGAGUUAGUUGUAGACUUCACACACACAUGUGCGGACAAUAGGUUUAGAACUGAAUUUUUACAAAAAUGGUUCUAUGUUCUUCCAGAAGUGGCUUAUGAUAACAUUCACGCAGCUUACAUUUAUAAUUGUAAUAGCUGGGUAAGAGAAUAUACAAAAUAUCAUGACAGAAUAUUGGCACCUCUUAAGGGGAAUAGAAAAUUAAUUUUUAUUGAAUCUCCAACAAGAUUGAAUGAUGUUAUCGAAAUUGAUCAACAAAAACUUCCAGGAGCUACUCUUAGCUUGGACGAGGAUUUAAAAGUAUUUAAUAAUGCGCUAAAACUUUCCCACAAAGACACGAAAGUUGCAAUAAAAGUUGGUCCUACAGCAAUUCAGAUUACUUCAUCUGAGAAAACUAAAGUCCUUUCUCAUUCUGUUCUUUUAAAUGAUGUUUAUUAUGCAUCUGAAAUUGAAGAAGUCUGCCUUGUUGAUGACAAUCAAUUCACCUUAACCAUAGCCAAUGAAAGUGGGCCACUUAGUUUUAUUCACAAUGAUUGUGAUAGUAUUGUGCAAGCGAUUAUCCAUAUUAGAAAUAGAUGGGAGCUCAGUCAACCUGAUUCGGUAACUGUACACCAAAAGAUUAGACCUAAAGAUGUUCCCGGAACGCUUCUUAAUAUGGCAUUACUUAAUUUGGGUUCAUCUGAUCCCAAUCUUCGAACUGCCGCUUAUAAUCAUUUAUGCGCUUUAACAGCAACGUUCGAUUUAAAAAUUGAGGGUCAACUUUUGGAGACGUCAGGUCUUUGUAUUCCUUCCAACAAUACCAUAUUUAUAAAAUCGAUUUCUGAAAAACUUGCGACCAACGAACCUCAUCUAACACUUGAAUUUUUGGAAGAAUGCAUCCAGGGUUUUAGAGUAUCGACCAUUGAAUUAAAACAUUUGUGUUUGGAAUAUAUGACUCCUUGGCUUGGAAAUCUUGUUCGAUUUUGCAAACCUUCAGAAGAAAACAAACGCCAAAAGCAAGUCGGUCAAAUUUUGGAAAAAUUAAUUUUAAUGACGAUUGAGGAAGUUGAGAUGUAUCCUUCCAUACAAGCAAAAAUUUGGGGCUCUAUUGGUCAUGUCCCGGAACUAAUAGACAUGGUUCUUGACAAUUUUAUUCACAGAUCAGUGAGCUCGGGUUUAGGAUCACCGAUGGUUGAAAUAAUGGCGGAUACUGCAGUUGCAUUAGCGUCAGCAAACGUACAGCUUGUUGCCAAGAAAGUUAUUGGUCGAUUAAUAAAGGUGGUAGAUAAAACAUGUCAGUCGCCAACUCCACUACUAGAGCAGCAUAUGAUGUGGGAUGAUAUAGCUAUUUUAGCCAGAUAUCUACUAAUGUUAUCUUUCAAUAACUGUUUGGACGUUGCGCGUCAUUUGCCAUACUUAUUUCAUACAGUUACUUUUCUUGUUUGCUCAGGAUCUUUAAGUAUGCGCGCCUCAACUCAUGGAUUAGUAAUAAACAUUAUACAUUCAUUGUGCACGUGCACUAAGCCAUCUUUUUCUGAAGAUACACAGCGAAUUUUGAGAUUAUCUUUGGACGAAUUUUCGUUGCCGAAAUUUUAUCUUCUUUUCGGUAUAAGCAAAGUAAAAUCAGCAGCAGUUACUGCGUUUCGAUCUAGUUAUCGUCACCCUAAUGAAAGAUGGUUAAAUGCAGAAAGAAGCUUUUCUGGGCCUUCUGCUGAUAGAGAAAAACUGUCUUUAAUUUCGUUAGAGGUAAUCACUGACGCGUUAUUAGAAAUAAUGGAAGCUUGCAUGCGUGAUAUUCCAAACUGUGAUUGGUUAACCAGCUGGACUAAUUUGGCAAAAAGUUUUGCUUUUUGUUUUAAUCCUGCCCUUCAACCGAGGGCUCUUAUUGUUUUUGGAUGUAUUAGUAAAAGCAUUACUGAUGUUGAUAUGAAACAGUUAUUAAGAAUUUUGGUAAAAGCUUUGGAGAGUUUUAACGAUAUGGUACUUAUUGAAGCAAUUGUUAUGUGCUUGACGAGGUUGCAGCCUCUUUUGGAUGCAGAAUCUCCUAUUCAUAAAGCUCUCUUUUGGGUCGCAACAUCUGUUUUGCAACUAGACGAAGUCACCCUUUAUGCAGCUGGUUUAGCACUUUUAGAACAAAAUCUUCAUACUCUCGAUUCUCAAGGAAUCUUUGACGAUAAGACGUUAGAGCAAGUAAUGAUGUCCACUAGAGAGCCAUUAGAAUGGCAUUUCAAACAAUUGGAUCACGCUGUUGGACUUAGCUUUAAAGCAAAUUUUCAUUUUGCUUUGGUUGGCCAUUUAUUAAAAGGAUACAGACACCCCUCUCCUACAACAGUAUCUCGGACAUCGAGGAUUUUAACUAUGCUACUAUCUAUUGUUGCGAAACCCCAUCAGCGAGAUAAGUUUGAAAUUACUCCAGAUAAUGUAGCUUAUUUAACAGCAUUAGUUGGUGUUUCCGAAGAAGUGCGCAGCAGAUGUCACAUUAAAUAUUCGUUGGAACAUUUUAUGCCUAAUCCUGUAUCUGAAGAUAAAUAUUUGCCCGAAUGUUUACCUCCAGCAAUUCAGCAGAUAAAUAAUACCGGUUUUAUUUUUUCAUCCACAAGUUCCAGUAUAAAUCAAAGACAAAAGCCAUGGGACCUUCUGGAUCAACCUGCUAUUUCUCAAAUAAGACACAAUAAACGGUCAGUUAGCCAUCAGGUAUUUUUAAUAUGAUUGAUAUAACGUUUGUUCGAUAAAUUCCACUUUUUUAAAUAGAGUCGAAGUGUAAGAGUAUCUGUAAGCAACGACAAUAAUAUUUUAUUAGAUCCUGAAGUUCUUACUGAUUUUUCAACUCAGGCAUUAGUUCUAACAGUAAUGGCAACUCUGGUUAAAUAUAGCACAGAUGAAGCAGAGAUAAGAAUUCUUUAUCAGUACUUGGCAGAAGGUGCAGUUGUCUUCCCAAAAGUAUUUCCAGUAAUAUAUAAUUUACUUGACAUGAAAAUAAACAAUAUUCUGCAAUCUUGCCACGACCAAGUUAUUCUUAAUUCUGUAAGAAAUAUUAUUCAAAAUAUGGUAGCUUGUGAAGACACAAGUCAGCAGCAGUUGCACUAUUUACAAAGUUGCGGAUUUGGAGGAUUAUGGAGAUUUGCAGGCCCAUUUAAUAAAUACAAUACAACAGCAGAAAGUGGGGAGCUAUUUGUAAACUGUUUAGAAGCCAUGGUAGAAACAUGUCUUCAUAUUGAAGAACUGGAAGGCGAAAACGGGGAAAUUGAACAGUAUCCAUCAAUGUUAAGUGUUGGUUCAAAUAUGAAUUUGUCAUCAAGUUUGUCGAGCCUUACAUUGGGUUCUCCAACAGAGAAGGAACGUUAUGAAACAAAAGAUUUGGAAGUGGGAUGCAGCUCAUCAUUAGGAAGGUCGUCUUUUAGUAAACCCCGAAAAAUAAAAACAAAACCAUCAUAUGCUAAUUUAGACACUUUUUCAAUGACUUAUCCUCAAAAAAACCAAUAAGCGAAUCUUUGAUACUCGCGUAUUCAUUUUUUUUUAAUUAUUAACCUUUGAAAAUACGUGCGAAUUGCGUUAUGUGACGGUUCUUUUAAUUCUACUACAAAUAAUUGGAAACGAAUUCUCAAUUUUGUUUCUACAUUAAAGCCGGUGUUAUGCUUGUUUCCUAUGCUAAAAUUAUUUAGUAGAUAUUGAGUAUAUUCAUAAUUUCCUUUCAUUUAUGCAUAAAGUUCCAAAAUGUGUGAUAUGGGUAAUAAUGAGUACUUUCUUGACAUAAAUAUUUUGAAAUAAAUGAGAAAACUAGAAGAGUUAAAUCCCAGCUUUAACUUUUUAUUCUUAAAUUUUGUAAAAUUUAGUGUUUAAUAAAAUACAGUAAAUUAGUUUUAGAAGCCUGAAAGGAAAUUCAUGAAAUGAAUCAAUUGGUGAUCCUUUUUUCUGAAGAUGAAUCAAGAGUAGUAACGAAGAUUUGUAAUGAGAUUAUAAUAAUAAUAAAAUCAAAUUUUCACAUCAACCUGCUAUUUUCAGACUUUUCGUGACUUAUUUUUCUAUUGAGUACCUUUGUACUAUUACGGAUGGAACCCAAGAAAAUCGCAACUAUUAUCAAAACAUGCUGCAUCCGCGUCUACACCUCGUGGAAAGUAGUGGAGUCAUUUCGUUUAGAGGUAAAGUAUUUUGCGUCUAAUAUGUACUCUACUAAUAAGUUUAAAGAGUUGCACCAAAUGGAUGUUUAAGCAUUAGUCAUUUGUAAAUAUUGUAAAAAUGUACAUGUAAUAAAUAGAAUAAGCUGAC